GAGGAUUAGGCAAACAGAAUGUGAACCCUCUUGGUUUCGGUGGGAACUCAGUGGAUAAUGCCUAGAAUGGAAGAAAAACAAGCCGUAAAGAUAGAAGCAUGUUGCAUACAGAUGAGAAUGGCAGAGAUGCAGGGACUGAUGGAGAGACUGGAGCGGGUGGUCGGCCGACUGGAGUUGCUGUCUGCCGGGUCCCACCGGCCUCCUGGGGACUGCGGGGAGAUUAAUGGUGUCAAUGGAGGUGUGGCACCCUCGGUGGAAGCCUUUGAUAAGCUGAUGAACAGCAUUGUGGCUGAGUUUUUAAAGAAGAGCAGGAUCCUUGCUGGUGAUGUGGAGACUCACGCGGAGAUGGUGCAUAGCGCUUUCCAGGCUCAGCGGACUUUCCUUCUGAUGGCUUCUCAGUACCAACAACCCCAAGAGAAUGACGUGGCUGUGCUUCUGAAACCAAUAUCAGAAAAGAUUCAGGAAAUCCAGACUUUCCGAGAGAGAAACCGGGGGAGUAAAAUGUUCAAUCAUCUCUCGGCUGUCAGCGAAAGCAUCCCUGCCCUCGGCUGGAUAGCUGUGUCCCCCAAACCCGGUCCUUAUGUCAAGGAGAUGAACGAUGCCGCUACCUUUUACACUAACAGGGUCCUAAAAGACUACAAACACAGCGAUUUACGCCAUGUGGAUUGGGUGAAGUCAUAUUUGAGCAUUUGGAGUGAGCUGCAAGCAUACAUCAAGGAACACCACACCACAGGCCUUACUUGGAGCAAAACCGGUCCAGUAGCAUCAACUGCAUCAGCAUUGUCUGUCCUCUCCCCGGGGCCUGGCCUUCUUCCACCCCCUCCUCCUCCCCCUCCCCCCGGGCCACCUCCACUCUUUGAGAAUGAAGGCAAAAGAGAGGAGUCCUCCCCUUCACGCUCUGCUCUAUUUGCCCAACUUAACCAAGGAGAAGGAAUUACGAAAGGGCUCCGGCACGUCACAGAUGACCAGAAAACAUACAAGAGUCCCAGCCUGCGGGCUCAAGGAGGACAAACUCCAUCUCCUACCAAAAGCUGCACUCCAGGCCCCAAGGCCCCCCAGGCCCAUCCUCCUCAGAAGCAUGCUCCUGUGUUCGAGUUGGAAGGAAAGAAAUGGAGAAUAGAGUACCAAGAGGACAGGAAUGACCUGGUGAUUUCAGAGACGGAACUGAAACAAGUGGCUUACAUUUUCAAAUGCAACAAGUCCACUCUACGGAUGAAAGGAAAAAUCAAUUCCAUUACAAUCGACAACUGUAAGAAGUUUGGCCUCGUGUUUGACAACGUGGUAGGCAUUGUGGAAGUGAUCAAUUCCAAGGAUAUUCAAAUGCAAGUAAUGGGGAAAGUGCCAACAAUUUCCAUUAAUAAGACAGAAGGCUGUCACAUAUACCUCAGUGAAGAUGCGCUGGACUGUGAGAUUGUGAGUGCCAAAUCAUCUGAAAUGAAUGUCCUUAUUCCUCAGGAUGGUGAUUAUAGAGAAUUUCCUGUUCCAGAACAGUUCAAGACAGCCUGGGAUGGAUCCAAGUUGGUCACUGAACCUGCAGAAAUUAUGGGCUAACCUCCAGAGAGACCAAACCCCCUGACCUGAAUCCAUCAAAAAAAAAAAAAAAAAA